GGGGCUUCCUUGGGAAGCUCUGGGAUGAGUCACCGCGGGACGGGGGAGUGGAGGGUGGAUGGGACAUGGAGAGCAGUCCGGCUUGGGGACAGCGGAUGACGGUGGCGGCACAGCAACAAUAGGAAACAGCAAGAGGACUGGACACCAGGAAGACACAGCCAGAGGCGGCGCUGUCAGGCCCCUGCAGGGCGGCCAGCGAGAAGGCUCCGCUAGGCAUGGCCUGCGCCUGCCGGAGACCAAGCAAAGAUGAAACCGGGCAGCUGUAGCGGGAGGGACUCCGAUUGAGCAACAGGAAGGACUUGGACUUGAGACGCACCGGGUGCAGAUUCCACGUUGACCUCCCAGGUUCAGGAAGCAGCGGCGGAGCUCAGGAGGUGUCUCCAGGGCAGGAUGGCCCAGGACCUCAGCGAGAAGGAGCUGCUGAAGAUGGAGGUGGAGCAGCUGCGGAAGGAGGUGCAGAACCCCAGAGCUCCGAUUUCCAAGACAGGCAAGGACAUCAGGGAAUACGUGGAGGCCCAAGCUGGAAACGACCCCCUUCUCAAAGGCAUCCCUGAGGACAGGAAUCCCUUCAAGGAGAAAGGCACCUGUCGGAUAAGCUGACAGCCUGGGCGCCCUCAGCCUAGUGUCCCUCCUCAGCCAGGCCCAAGUGUCCUGGGACACCCAGGGGACCCAUGAAUUUGCUCCCUCUGUCGGUCCCAGAAGGCUGCGCAUCUCUCCCCCAGCCGGGGCCCUGGGCGGUGGAGCUGCGGAGCUGCCGGGUACCCUGAGCUCAAGAGGGCCUUGGAAGUGCCCCUCCGCCUCCCCAUGCACUCUGCACAUUAGUGUCCUUUGGGGUGGGGGACUCCUCCCCCUCCCCAUCUCCCAGCCUGCGAUCCUCUUCCUAGUCGCUUGGAUCACCGCGACGGCCUAAUGACAGAGUUCAUAAAGUCCUGUUUCAGGUC